AACAAACAGGAAAAACAAUUUUGUUAAUAAAAACCACAGUACAAUUAUUUUCAAACCUUAUAUAUUUUAAGUACGUCAAACAAAUGACGCUAAAUUAAUUUGAUUCAAUUUCCAUUAAUUCUUGAUAUAAAGUUAAGAAAAUUCCUAGACGACAACCUUGACUAGGGCAAGAAUAUAUUUCCUAGUUUACUAGUUGGGAUGAUUGAUAAAUCAGCUGUUCGGAAAAGUUCCACAAAUAAAUAAUCUUAUAGCCUCAACAAAAGAAAUAUUUGUUUAUAGAGAUUUGUUUCAAGAUAUCUCUAGUUAUAGUGAUAUUGAAACAUAUUCAAAUCAUAAGUCUUGGAAAAAAAUUUGUGACUCAAGUAUUUCACAUUUAAAUUGAAUGUUUAAUCGAUAAUAAUUGAAUCAAACGUAGUAAGCUUCACGAGGUCCUACGUAAGGAGAGAAGAAGGUCUCUUUAUUAAUGUUAAUUAUUUAUCUAUUAAAAAAUAAUGGAUAAAUCUACAGCUUCAGAUAUUGUUAUUGUAUCUGGAAAUUCACAUCCAGAACUUGCAGAUUUAAUAGCUAAUCGCCUUGGCGUCAAACAUGGAGGUUGUUUUGCGUAUCAUAAAACCAACCGUGAAACAAUGGUGGAAAUUGCUGACUCCGUUCGUGGGAAAGAUAUUUAUAUCAUUCAAACAGGAACUAAAGAUGUUAAUAAUAACAUAAUGGAGCUUUUAAUUAUGGCAUAUGCGUGUAAGACAUCUUCAGCCAAAAAUAUUAUUGGUGUUAUUCCUUAUUUACCUUACUCCAAACAAUGUAAAAUGCGUAAACGCGGUUGUAUUGUAUCAAAACUUUUGGCCAAAAUGAUGUGUACAAGUGGAUUAACUCAUAUUAUCACUAUGGAUCUUCAUCAAAAAGAAAUUCAAGGUUUCUUCGAUUGUCCUGUUGAUAACUUGCGAGCAAGUCCUUUUCUUUUACAGUAUAUUCAAGAGAGUGUUCCAGAUUAUCGAAAUUCAGUAAUUGUUGCGAAAAAUCCUGGAAGUGCUAAAAAAGCCACUAGCUAUGCAGAACGACUGAGAGUAGGAAUAGCUGUGAUCCAUGGAGAACAAAGGGAGAAUGAAUCUGAUAUGAAUGAUGGACGUAAUUCACCUCCAGCCAUGUUGUUAUCUUCAAGAACUAUGGAAGUCGGAGUUGGUGUACCAUCUCAUCCAGCUAAAGAAAAACCACCAAUUAAUGUUGUUGGUGAUGUCAGUGGUCGUAUUGCUAUUAUGGUGGAUGAUAUGGUUGAUGAUGUCCAAUCUUUUGUGGCUGCAGCUGAGGUUUUAAAAGAACAAGGAGCCAAUAAAAUUUAUGUACUGGCUACACAUGGACUUCUUAGUUCUGAUGCUCCAAGACUUAUUGAAGAAUCACCAAUUGAUGAGGUCGUUGUUACUAACACUAUUCCACACGAAUUACAAAAAAGUCAAUGCUCGAAGAUAAAAACAGUGGACAUAAGUAUAUUAUUAGCAGAAGCAAUUCGUCGUAUUCACAACAAAGAAUCAAUGUCUUAUCUUUUUAAAAAUGUUACCACUGAAGAUUAAUUAUUUUACAUAAUUAUUCACUUCUGAAGAUAUAGAAAUGAGAUAAAGCAAAAAAAAAAUCAUUAAGUAAAGGAAUAUAAUGAAGGCAUUUAUUUAAAAAACAAAUAAAGGUAAAGGAAUUUUCAUAAUUAUCAAAUUAUACAAAUCAAUAAAAAUUUACAAAUAAAACCCUAUAAAUUCCGUUCAACAGUUCCGUCGUGGGGACCAUAUCAAGAUUAUGUACACUUUGAAAUCUUUCUAUAAUAUUUUUAUAUAUUUUUUCUGAAAAACAUAAUUUACAAAAAAUACAACAAAAAUGAAAAAAUAAUGAGCACGAAACAUAAAAGUUUAUGUUAAAAUUUAAUUA